UCAUCAGAGGGGCAUGUGUUUAUUUAUUGGGGUUUACGGUGGUUUGAUGGAUGACAACUUCGUUGGGCUUCACUGUUUAUUUCUAUAUCGCUUGGUUUUGCAGUCCACAACGCAAAAAGUAACGCCGAGUGAAGUAGUGCCCACUAACACAUCAGAUAAGCAGACAAGGUGAUGCAGGCAGAUGUCCAGUUCUUCUGCAGUCAUUGUUAACCUCACUUAAUGACAAGUGAUACAGUUACUAGUACUGCAUUUUGUCGUAGAUGCUUCCAUAUGAUGAUAUGACUGAUAGACCCUUAAAAUGUCCAAUGAAGGGCCAGAAAUGGAGCUGCAAGAGAUACUGUUGUAUAGUUCCAGGCAUGGUGAUUCUGUAAUGGUACAGGAGCUUCUUGUAGCACGCAAAGAUGGAAAGAUUAGAUUGGACAUAAGCUGCAAGGGAAAGAGCAAAAGUAAUUUAGGUUGGACACCUUUACACCUUUCUACAUACUUUGGCCAUAAAGAUGUGGUUGAACUUCUCUUGACCCAUGGUGCGGAUAUCAAUGCUGUUAAUGAUGUUGGAGAUACGGCAUUGCACAAAGCAGCAUUCACUGGCAGAGAGGACAUUGUUGUUCUCCUGUUACAAAACAAUGCAAAAGUUGAUGUAAUAAAUGGAGAAGGCCAAACACCAAGAGACUUGGCCAAAAAUGAAGAUGUUGCAAAACUGCUUUGGGCUGCAGAAAAAACAGACAUGCGCCACAAAGAGGAAAGGCUCCUUGCAGCAGCGAGAGAAGGGGACCUAAACACUUUGAACAUUUUGUUGAAAGAUGAGAGGCCACCAAGUAUAAAUUGUGUAGAUGCACAAGGAAAUUCUUGUCUUCAUUGUGCGGCAUAUAGAGGGCACAAGGAGGCAGCAGUACUUUUAUUACAGAAUGGCAUUGACACCACAAUUCAGAAUACUCGAGGACAAACUGCUGUUAAUUUAGCAAGGGAUCCACAUAUGCAACAAGUUCUGUGUGUCCGACCAGUACGUCAACUUCAAAAGUCUGCUGCACGUUUUGAAGGACAACUUCUUAAGCGAUCACGAUUUCUUGGUUGGAAGCCAAUGUGGGCUGUGCUGGAACGUGGGGUUCUUACAUAUUUCAAUAGCAGAGCUGAUGCUUCCACAGGAUUUAAGAGAAAGGACUUUAAGUAUCUUGAUGGUGCAAACAUUUUACCACUUGACUGUGAUAAUUCAUCAUUUGUAGUGCAUUUCUCAGAUGGAGCAGUCCAUCGACUUAGUGUUGUAAAUUAUGGAGAAACUACAGGACAGAUAAGCAGACAGAAAUGGAUCAAUGCAUUUUCAGAACAUGCAGAAUUCAGCACACACUACUUAAGUCAAGGUCAUAUUAAACAUGACAGUGAUGAAGAGGAUGACAACAUUAAACCGCUUGGGUCCAUGCAGGAUGCUCUGCAGACUGCUGCUGCCCAUCAUCAGGUAUUAGAAAAACAACUUAGAGACAGCACAGCUGUAGUUGAAGUCUUGAGUAAUAAUAGUCUUGCAUCUGACACAAUUACAGGAGCUGCUAUAAGAAGAUUCCAGGCUUUGUCUGACACUGCUGGUGACAUGCUCUCUUCCCUUGGGCAUUGUCUCUCUCUGUUUCAGCAACAGGAAGAGGUAAGAAUACUGCAGUUGAAACAAGAACAGGAGAAAUGCCGAGUUCUAGAAGAAGCCCUUAAUGUGCUGGCAAAAGAGCACCAUGAGCUGGAGCAAUCAAUGGCAUCACAUCUGUCAAACCCUUCACUCCAUAACAUGGUGGAUGGUCCAACUCCAAGGAGAAGUCCUCGUUUUUAUGACACAUCUGAUGAUGAGUUUUAUGAUGCAUUUGAAGCAGAUUCAGAUAGUGAUACUAUCGUGACGGCAGCAUCACCUACCUCUGAUAGUGACACGCUUGUGAGCUUUCCUUCACCUGCUUCCUCCUGUGCCACUUUGGUUUCGGCAGGGGGGCAUGCUUACCAUUGCGCUAGAGAUCUUCCAUAUGACACUGUGGAGAAGAAAACUGUUAGUAGACAAUGUUUGCCUGUCCCAAUGUUCAGUCGAAAUGAUUUUUCAUUGUGGUCUGUGCUGAAGAACUGCAUUGGAAAAGAACUAAGCAAGAUAACAAUGCCAGUGAUUUUUAACGAGCCUCUCAGCUUUUUGCAGCGGAUGGUUGAGUAUAUGGAAUAUGCUCACCUCCUACAACGGGCAUCUGAGGCAACUGAUCCAGUUUCUCGUAUGCAGUAUGUGGCAGCGUUUGCUGUAAGUGCACUUGCGUCUAAUUGGGAACGUCUGGGCAAACCAUUCAAUCCACUGCUUGGUGAAACAUACGAGUUGGAGAGAGAUGGAUACAGAGUGAUCUGUGAGCAAGUUAGUCACCAUCCUCCAGUCUCUGCCUUUCAUGCAGAUUCUAAGGAUUUCAUUUUUCAUGGUUCCAUACAUCCUAAACUAAAAUUCUGGGGAAAAAGUGUUGAAAUCCAGCCGAAAGGUGUUGUUACUGUAGAAUUGCCUAGGUGGGGUGAGGCAUAUACAUGGACCAAUGUGAACUGCUGUGUCCACAACAUUAUUGUUGGAAAACUUUGGAUGGAACAGUAUGGAACGAUGGAAGUUGUAAAUCAUUCAACUGGUCAUCGUGCAAUUUUAACUUUCAAGCCAGCAGGGUGGUUAUCCAAAGAUCUCCACAGAGUGGAGGGCUUUAUCAUGGACAAAAACAAGAAGAAAAUACAUUUCCUUUAUGGAAAGUGGACGGAAUUCAUUCGCUGUACAGAUAUAAGCUCUUAUGAUGAUUAUAUGAAAGAAAAUGCUCACAAAUUCAGAAGAGAUGGCGAUAAAGGAAAGGGAUCUACACCUACAGAUAGCCCAUCAAAUACUCCAAAAAAAGUUUUAGCUAAGCUCAACAGUUUAAAAGUUGGACCAUUUAAGAGCAACUCACAGUCUGAGGCAAGCUUUAGUGCUGAUGAUGGAUGUCCAAUACCUGAACCAGUGGAUGGUGAUAUUCCAAAAUGUGAUUCCACCUACUCCAUUGAUAUUCCCAAUUCAGUAACCAUGUGGGAGGCUGACCCACGACCAGAAAACGCAGCAGAUUACUACCAGUUCACUUUGUUUGCCAUGUCCUUGAAUGAAAUGGAAGAAGGAAUGAGGGAGAAACUGUGUCCCACUGACUGCAGAUUACGACCAGAUAUACGGAAACUUGAAGAAGGAGAUAUAGAUGGUGCUGCAGCAGAAAAAACUAGACUGGAAGAAAAGCAGAGAGAUGCCAGGAAAGCUAGAAAAGGAAAGAAAGCUGUUGACUGGGCGCCAAGAUGGUUCACCCAAGGAACAAAUCCAUAUACUAAACAAGAAGACUGGUUGUAUAGUGGGGGAUACUGGGAUCGUAAUUUUACUCAUAUUCCAGAUAUUUUUUAAACAGUACAGAAUACCAUAAGCAUGCUUCCUGAUGGACACCACAAUGAAAAUUAAAAAACAGAAUUACACCUGAGAGUUAACAGACUACUGAUAAUUUGUGAGUGUGCCUAAUGAAUGAAAGAGGUGGGACCAUUAAUGUAGUAGUCUUCCAGGUAUACUCUCUGCCUGGUAACUGGUGUGUUCCCAUUCAAAUUGCUCCCGAAUAUUUGUAUGUGGUGAUGGUGAAGACAAAAUGAUAAUGAGUUGACAUUGUAAAUUAUUGUGAACUGUCAUAAAAGUCUAUGUUUUGUUGACUUAUAGUGUAUAUGUGUCUUAUAGUAUGCAGCUGUUAAUAUGGAAUGCAGUUUGUACUAUAUUAUUAAUCAGUUAUGCAUAACACAAAAUGCACAUGAAAAUUUGAUUGUGAUAUUACAACAUCUUAUGUUCACUAGUAUGACAGUGAUAGUGCUCAGUUGCAGGCCAUUUAUUUUGCAUGACAUGGUUUUGGUAGCUGCAUUCUUCAUCAUUUGUGAUGAUCCCUCUUCCUCAGGCAGAUUGUAUUGUGACCUAAUUUCACUCUGUUAAUUAUCUUCAGUUAUUCAGUUGGUGUAAGGUUUCUUUCAGAUAGCUGUGAUGCUGAAGUAUGGAAUAUUCUGAAGUUGUUAGAGUUUUGACAUAAUGUUAUAUUAGAACAUUACAAAUGGUGACAUGUGAGUUGUUUGGAUUUAUAAGGUUGUGUGAAAAAACGUACCACUAUUAUUUGUAAUCAGAUGGAGGGUAACCAAUCAGUAAUUCGUACUUGUAUAUGCUUUAUUUCAAUAUCCUUUACAAGAGUUAGUGUAAAAACAGAACAUUUGUUUUCUAUGUAGGAUGUGUUGUAUGUAUGUUAUGUUUUAAAUGUGUUUACUUUCCUGUAUAUGGAAAUAUCUUAUUCUUAAGAAGAAGAAAGUACUGAAUGUGGGUGGAUAGAUCGGUUUGUUAUUCUUACAUGUUUGUUAAUACUCACUGUUGUAGACAACCUCUGUAAUGCAGUUUGAUUUCUGUUAAUAUAUAUUCAUUGAAUUCUUCACUGUCAGCUCUAAAGCAUUAUAUUUACUUGAUAACUGUUUGUAAAUGUGUGUCAUAAAAAAAAAAAUAUAGUAGGUUUGAGUAAUAGAAAUCAGAGGUUGUAAAUUAGAUAUACUGGUAAAUAUGGUUGUGUGUGGUGCUAAUACCACUUUUGGCACUGGCUUUGUCCAGUCGUAGUAGCUAAGUAUCAAAUGUGUGGCAUAGUCUUGCAGCUACAUAAACACAAUACACACUAAGUCUAAAUACAUGUACAAAAGCUCAGCAGUGUCACUAAUAAUAUCAGUCAUUAUUGUAGUAAGAUGUGAGAACAUUAUUAUUGUUCUAACAAGACUCAAAAGAUAUGCAGUUUUAGUACAGUUAGUUCGUGUUGCAUUUGUAAAUGUGCAGGUAGUCACAUUAAUCUGACACUGAUGUUUAGCUAGUCCAUUAAAUUUACAACUGGCCUAUUGUGACUGUGUAUCAGAACAAUCUUAGAGGAACAUUUGUAUCAUUAGUAUGUGUUACUAUUUCUCAACUGAAUUUUAUUUUGUACAUGCAGUGCAACACAUUUUGCUUUAAGUUAAAGAAAUGUAUUAAGUAACUUUGCAAUUUAUAGAUCUUGAGCAACAGAAGAUUGAAAUGCUUUUGCUGUGAAGUUAAGUCUAGCACACUACUGUAUUGUGGUAGUGUAAUACUUAGUACUGUGCAUAUAAAAUGUGUGUAAUUUGAUGAUGGUUACCCAUAGGUUGCUAAACUGGUACAAACAGAUACUGUCGUAGUGUCGUUCCAAACUGACUAGCAUUAUAUGUACACAAAACUGUUACAAAUCUGUCAAUUUGUGUGUAUUACAAUAUUGUUGUAUUAAUUGACAGUACAAAGUUACAGAUCAUAGUUACUGAUACUCAAUAGUAAGUUUUUGUGCACUAGCUGGAACAAUUAGAAUAAGGAAAUAUGCAGCUAUUUUAUACUGUGUUACAAGCCAUAUAACUAAUUAUUUUCAUAAACUACUGCCAUUGUUUCGAGCAGAAUAGAAGCAACACGGCGUGUGAAGUGAUUCAGUAAGUAACUUAGCUAAAUACUAACUCUAUUUUUCAUCCCAUCUCUUUCCAAAGUAAUUUACCAUUUAAUAAAAUAUUAUACUAAUAGGGAUCAGAGUCUCUAAAUCCACACUGUCGCACCCACUCCCGAAUUUCCUGUGCCCGUAUCCUUCGUCUGCAAACUCAUCUCCCCCUCCCCUGCACACACCUCUUUCUUUGUUAGUCUUUGAUACUUGACAAAUUCUAAUUGCUGGGGGCCAUACCUUUGUCAUUUUCAGUUUUUGUUCUCCUCUUCUUGAGCCUUAUGAGCAGGUAUCUGACUUGGGAGAAGCACUGUUUUGUAUUUUUGUGUCAUUUCUUUACAGACUUCAUGACAUAGAUAUUUGGACCUUGAAUAAUGCAUCUUUAGGCAAAAUUCAACUUGUUUAACAUCACAGCAAGAGGUAGCAUUCUGAUCUAUGGAACAACCAGUUAACUAAUUAAUCAUAUACUGACGUGGUGCUGAUAACAACACAGGCAGUAUUCCCAAAAACUAUAUGCUUUGUUUUAUGCAGGUUGUUGUAGUAUCUGGUCAUAAUUCAUUGAUUCGGUGAGUAACAUUUAUUUUCUUGUGCCUCACUUUAUAUGCAGGUGUUGAUUUAGGGAGCCUUUGAGAAAUAACAUUUAAGUCUCAGUGCACUAUGAACUUACAAAGUAUAGGGAAAUGUUGACUGCAGGAAAGUCAUUAGUAUUAACUCACUUCCUGUACUAUUUCUUUGAGUGAUAGUCCCACUAAUUAUUUAGUUGUUCUGAUUAAAUAUUCAAUUUAUUUUACUAUCCAAGUUAAAUUGCUGCUCAGACUUCCACAUAAUGUGUAUAGGUGGUUCCUCACUUUCCUUCCAAGAAUCUCUCUAAAACAAAAACUUGAAUGCUGAUCUUAAUGUGUCACUUACACAAUAUCCAUAAAUGUGCUAUUUGGUGAUAGAUACACAGAGAGAGAGAGUGUGUGUGUGUGUGUGUGAAUGAAUAUAAAAUUAAGCAAUGCAUCAAAUUAUUCAAAAGAAUUCUCCUAUGUAACUUAUUGUUGAACACAACUAAUAUCAAAAUAAGAGUAGUAUUUUGGUAAGCUUUUGUGCAGGUACAUUAAAGAUUCAGUUUUUACAUAAAUGUUAGAAUGCAUUUAUACUUAAUAAAUAGUUUUAUUGCGACAAAUACUUCUGUCUGUGGACUUUGUUGAGAAUCAGAGUGAAAUAUUGGCCAUUGAGAUUUCUAAGAAUUGGCAAUACUUUCUUUUUAUAAAGAUCAUAUUGUAGAUGCAGUCUCUCUGCAAUCGUGUAAUUAUUUUUAAUAAAGACUGUUUUCACUAGCAGGUUAUUUCUGUCUGGAAUAGUAUUUAUAAUUUUUCCAUAAAGGCUAGUAACAGCACUUGUAUGAACUACAAGCUUAAACAAGAAAAAACCGACAUAAGCAAUAAUUGGAGUCAAAUACUUGAUGAGACUACAACUGAGUACAAAAGAUUUGUCAGCCACUUCUAAUGUAACUACUGAUUUUGUAGCGGAGACGCUGAGUCACAGAUAGGCACAACCAAAAGACUCUCACAAUUAAAGCUUCCGGCCAUUGACCUUCAUCAACAAUAGACACACACACACGCAAACGCAUGUGUGUUUGCAUGAUACCCCCCCCCCCUUCCCCCCCCUCCACACCCACACACACAACACAUGCACACUUGUGCAAAUGCAACUCAAAGCUUUAAUUGUGAGAGUCUUUCUGUUGUGCCUCUCUGCAACUCAGCAUCUCCGCUAUACAGUGAAUAGCAACUUUCUUUCUCAUAAUAUUGUUACAUUCCAUCCUGGAUUUUCCAUUGUUUGGUUUUGUAACUACUGGUUGUUAUUUUUUAUAUGUUAUACUGACUGUGGUAGAUGCUACGUUAAAACAGUAAUUUCAUUUUAGCAAAUAAGUUAUAUUGUGUUCAUGUUCAGGUGACCUCUCCAAUUUUUCAAAAUUAAAUUCAUUGCAUGUAAAAGAACAUUAUGUCAUUAAAAAAAAGCAAUUAUUUGGCUGCACUGGCAUACAGUUCUUUUCUCUUUUCCUUUAGUUAUCUAUUGAAAAUCUCCAACCAAUUCCCUGCACCAUUUAUUUGAGAACAUUUCAAACAAAUAUUAAAGUCAAUUAAUCAAGUGAGAUGUGUGAAAUUACUUCAGUGCUGUUUUGUAAAAUAUAUUUUGAAAAUUACUUGUCUCAAUCUGAUUUGCAGACAGCAUAGGAUGUAACACUUGUCCACCUCUUAGUUUAGCUGUUAUUCUAACUCUGAAAGUUAAGUUUUCUUAAGGACUUUUCAUUCAUAUCUAUGCAAUUUAUGUACUGUAGCAACUAGACUGUGUGUUAGAUCAGUUGCAGACAUCAUGUGUGGGGUUUUAAUAGCCCUCAAGAGAUGUCUCUUUCGUCAAGGAGGCGGCACAUUAAAUUUCACAGUUGGAGAUAAAUUGUAGAUCUCACACAUUUGUUGUGUCAUUAUAUGUUUUCCACCAAUAUGGUUUGUAAUAUAUACUUUGAGUUUCUAUAUUUUAACUAUUUUCUCUAGACAUAGAUGCGCAGUUUUAUUAUGUUUAUUGGUCUACGGUGAAGACUGGCCAUCUAAAUUUUCUUUUUUAUUUUAUGUAUGUCAAUAUCACUGGCACAAAUAUCUCAAAAAAUAUCUAACCUUUUCUUGUGUGAUUUACAACCGAAUUUUAAUACUGAUCUGAAAUAAAUAAUUUCAUAGAUUCUAGUUUAAUAAUUAUGAAUUCAUCAGAUUUUUUAAAAUAAUUUAUCAACUCCAACUCUGAAAUUAAAAACAUCUUGAAAAGACCAGAGGCCAAAACGUUAGGUUCAAAAUGUUUGUGGGAAGCUCAUAGCUCAGAAAGUUACAUGAACUUUGGUACACUGUUGACAAAUUUUUGUAUUGCUGAGGUGAAAUGAAGAAACAUUCUGGAGAUUCAAAGAUAAUUUUAUAUUCAAUAGUAAUAGUUAGAUGUUGAUGUGCAGUGAUGGAAUUAUCUACAGCCAUUUUUCAGUUGUGCUAGGUUUUUUGUGGAAGAAAUUUUAUUAAUUCAAAAAACACUUUUUGAAUUGUUAGACUGUAUACAUUUCAUUACUGUGUCUACACAUUCCCAUGUUUCUAACAUUCUUUACACUUGUAAAUUAGCCUUAUUACUUUUUGCAGGUUAAGGUAGUCUUGCCUUUUUAUUUGAUAUUACUUUUUUUUAUAUUGUCUAAAUGAUAAAGUAGCAACAACUUUUCCAUACAUGUCACCAGGCAAACUUUUCUGUAAUGUAUAGGCAAAUUGUAUAAUCUGUGCACAAUUUUUGUGGCAGAAAGAAUUGUCAAUCUAAAGAACAGAAAAUACACUGAGAUUAAGUGAUAAAUAGGAAAAAAAUUAUUUGAAAUAUGGGCUGCUAAAGAUGUGGUUAUUGUGUAAUAUGACCAUAAUCAGCAGAAAGUGCUUCUCCUCAUGUAUGAAUUUGUGUAAAUUUAGGGAAAAUUGUACAAAGUAGUGUCAGUUUUGUAGUAUCAAAGUGCUUGUUAAUGCAGUUUAUAUUCUUAUUAAAAUGAAGAUGUUAUGUACAUAUCUGUUAUUGAAGUUUAAGUUGACAAGAACAGAGCAAUAAAGUACUGUAAUGGAAA